UUAUUAUACUUCUUCAUUUACAUAAAUGCAACUACUAUUUACUGCACGCGCGGUAUUGCUAAUAAUGAAGCGUAUCUUCAUUUCGUAUUGUAGUCGGCCCGUGAAGAUAUUAUUCACAUGCAUGAAAUAGAUUACAUCGCGAUAACAGUGAUUUCCAUCAUUCUAUGUGUUGACCAAACUAUACAGAGACACUGCUCUGUUGUUUCGCAACCACGACAAGCGAAUAUCCUGCUGUUCCUACGGAGAAAGACGCGGAAACUUCAUGCUGUGCAAUUCUUGUUUAUGUCGAUUCCAAAGUGGUGUAAAUAUUUUGAAUGUACAAAGAUUCUUCGAUGACACUCGAUAAGUUUAAAGGCGAUAACCACCAUUUACAUUCGCAUCGCUUCAUCUUAACGACUUAAGGGAAUGCUCCGAUCGGACAUGCAUGAAACUGCGCGACAGGAUUAAAGAGCUUAUUUAAUCUAUUUACAGUCUAGGCUUUGGAACAGUUUAAUCGCAAGUACUGGAACGGUCAACACUCCAUUGGAAGCACUAAUGGGUAGAAGCUGAACUGUCAGGACUUUGAGAUAAAGGUCACCUCUCAACACGACUGAAGCAAGUAUGCAGCAAGAAACUGUUCUUUGCUGGGACAAUACACGGGGAUAAGGUUUCACGACAAAAUUAGUUGAUGACGAAAGGGUGGAAAUGAUUGAGGGUUUCUUGAUAUUCCAAAGCGUUGCUGAAAUCAUUAUUCUAGUUCUUGGUACAAUUGGUAAUGUGUUAGUGGUACUCGUUGUUGCGAGAAAACAAAAGAUGCGAACUGUAACCAAUUAUUUUAUUCUAAACCUGGCAAUUAGCGAUCUAACUGUUCUAAUUAGCAACAUUCCCGUAGAUCUGACAACUCGGUUCGUGAAGAGAUGGGUUUUCGGUAAGGACACGUGCAAAAUACUAAAACCGCUGCAAACAAUGGGAACUAUCGCAUCGAUCCUAACGUUGGUAGCAAUCAGUUUAAGCAGAUAUCACGCCAUAGUGUAUCCAUUUCAUCAGCAAAUGAAGUUAUUUCAUGCAAGAAUUGUGUUGGUAUUGAUUUGGGUUAUAUCGCUUGCGGGUAUCACACCCUAUGCGCUAGCCUGCAAGUACGACCCGAACAAACAGGAUUGUAUUGAAGAUUUUACCGAUAUUGGAAUGUCGACGGAAGCUUAUACGUUGACUAUGUUCGCCUUGCAAUAUGUCAUACCAAUGAUUGGGAUGACCUAUGCAUACAACAGAAUUGGAGCCGAGUUAAGUAAUCAGCAAUGUCGAGAGUGUGGGACUACGAUGGAUCCUGAGUACAGACGAGAUACAAAGAAGGUUGUUAAAAUGCUGUCAAUUGUGGUGGCUGUAUUCGCCGUACUUGACCUGCCCAUUCAUAUUGUUUGGAUUUGGAUUGAUUUCUUUAAUGGAAGUAAAGUCGUCUAUUAUCCCUACAUCCAAGGCCUUGCGAUUAUCAUGCUCUAUGGGAACAGCUUUACUAAUCCGUUAAUCUAUAGCAUAUGCAACGAACAAUUUCGAACUGGAUUUAAGGAUCUAUUCGGCUGGUGCUUACAGCCUUGUAGCUUUCUCAUGAAGAUACCCGGAUUAGCUAAAUCUGAUCCAGAGAGGAUGUUUUCACGAAAUGACUGCCUAUCCGUGCGAGAGGAAAAUAGUAUUGGCGAUAGACAAAUGUUAACGAUUGACAAUGACCAGAGGGAGACACACAAACCGAAGUUUGAACGAUCUGAUUCAGUGUGUUCCCAAAGGUGCACCUCCAGGCAUUGGCCGAAGGAAAUAUUAGCUUCGUUUGAGCCUGAUAAGGAUGAAGUCGUCGUUUACGUUUCAGCGGUAUGAGAAAUGGCAGAGAAGGUAAGAUUUGACUACGACGGAUACAUGAACUACAGGUUCCACGCAUUACCAUUGCCGCUAUCUCUUCCUAACCUAACACAGGUAUAGCUUUUGUCUGAUAGACUUAAAGCAAUCCCAUGGUCCUGAAAGUCGGAUUUGAACCUGAUAAUGCGAAGCGGACCAUAUUGGGCUGUGUUGAUCAGCCACGAUUUUGGACUUAGAUGACACAACAAAAUAACACCGUGGCACACCGGAAGAAAGCAACUUCAGAGUGAACUAAACCGUUAUAACAUUUCCUUAACGACCUACUCAAUGCUGAUGCUACAACCUGUUAUCCGCUAUAUGUUCUCAUGCAGUUUACAACUUAUCACAUUAUUCAAGGUUCCUCGCCUAAAAGAAUCGUUGCAAGUUGUGCUCACUAUGGAUGACGUUUCGAAGUGGAACCUCUGAUAUCUUCAAAAAAGGGCAUCAAUCACUAAGUUAAAAAGUGGCCUCCCACCUGAAUGCAUUACGUAUUCUUUCAAGAUCCAAAUCUCUUGCGUCUUACUUAUCAUAUAUGGAGCAUACAUCAUGCCAAUUGCAAAAAAUACGCUUAUAAAAAAUUAAAACCUCAACAUCCAAAUUUCUAUAAUUG